ACUCCCAUCCUCCUUACUGGAUGGAAAAUAAACCUGGCUUUUGGCAAGAUAGACUCGUUCUGCCCUCGGUCAGGCCAGGUCUCCAUGCUGCUGCGGCUGCUGCUGCUGCUGAUCCUGGCUCCUGGAAGAGAACAGUCAAGGGAAGCUCCAAAAGCUGUACUUCUCCUUGAUCCUCCAUGGUCCACAACCUUCAAAGGACAGAGGGUGACUCUCAUUUGCAAGGAUUUCUAUUCCCAAGUCCAGGGAGACACAUAUUGGUAUUAUGUAGGGAAGGCACUUAAGAAAAAAGGUAAAUCAACCGAAAUAACAGAUUCUGGAGAUUACAGAUGCAAGAGCAACGAAUCCUCCAUCAGUGACGCUGUGCAUGUGGAAUUUUCAUCUGACGCGUUGAUCCUCCAGGCUCCGUACCCUGUCUUUGAAGGAGAUAAUAUAGACUUGAGAUGCAAGGAGAAAGAAGAAACGAAAAUGAGUGAAAAGAAGUACUACAAGAAUGGAAGACAACUUUAUAUAUAUGACAACAAAGACUGUAUCUCACUAACCUCAGUCCACAGGGAUCAUGAUAGUGGUACAUAUUAUUGCAGUGCUAAGCCUGGCUACUUUCGAUGGACAGUAAACACCAAAUCUCUAAGGCUACAAGUUCAAGAACUGUUUCCACAUCCUAAGCUGAUAGCUAACUCCUCCCGACCCAUAGAAGGGAACCCAGUGACCCUGACCUGCGAGACCCAGCUCUCUCCACAGAGGCCCAAUGUCCAGAUCCAGUUCUGCUUCUUCAGAAGUAACCAGGUCCUAAAGCCAGGCUGCAGCAGCUCCCCACAACUUCAGAUCUCCGCCAUGUGGACUGAAAACUCAGGACCCUAUUGGUGCGAGGCAAGGGCAGUGUCUCACAUCAGAAAAGAGAGCCUGAGGAUCUGGAUUUCUGUACGGAGAGUCCGUGUGUCUGAUGUGAAUCUGGAAGUCCAGCCCUCUGGGGGGCAGCUGGUUGAAGGAGAAAUGCUGGUCCUAAUCUGCUCAGUGGCCAGAGGUACAGGGAAUAUCACAUUCUCCUGGCACAGAGAGGGAGCAGUAAGUCUGGGCAAAAAGACCCAGCGUUCCCUGCUCACAGAGCUGCGGGUCCCCAACGUGAAGGUGCAGGAUGCGGGGAGAUACUACUGCACAGCCAACAACGGCUACGGCCCCCUCCUCAGCAGGCGGAGGACAGUCACUGUGAGAGUUCCUGUGUCUCCUCCCAUCCUCACCCUCAGGGCCCCUAGGGCCCAGGCUGUGGUGGGGGACAUCCUGGAGUUUCACUGUGAGGCCCCCAGAGGCUCUGCCCCGAUCUGGUACCAGUUUUAUCACGAGAAUGUCAUCCUGUGGAAUAGUUCAGCCCCCUCUGGAGGAGGAGCAUCCUUCAACCUGUCCCUGACUGCAGAACAUUCUGGAAGCUACUCCUGUGAGGCUGACAAUGGCCUGGGGACACAGCACAGCCACAGACUGAGUCUCAAUGUCAUAGUUCCAGUGACACGCCCCAUCCUCACCCUCAGGGGCCCCAGGGCCCAGGCUGUAGAAGGGGAUGUGCUGGAGCUUUUCUGUGAGGCCCUCAGUGGCUCUCCCCCAGUUCUGUAUCGGUUUUAUUAUGAGGAUGUGACUCUGUGGAAUGACUCAGCCCCCAAUGGAGGAGGAAUAGCCUUCAAUCUCACCCUGACUGCAGAACAGUCUGGAAACUACUCCUGUGAGGCUGACAAUGGCCUGGGGGCUCAGCAGAGUGAGGUGGUGACACUCAGAGUCACAGGGACUUCCAGGAACCAAACAGGCCUUAUCUCUGCAGGAGUCAUUGGCGGGCUUCUCAGCAUCCUUGGUCUUAUUGCUACUGCUGCCCUCAUGAAUCAUUUCAGGACCCAAAGGAAAUCGGGACUUUCCACCACUAACACUUCCAGGCCCUUCCGUACAGACCCUCAAGAGCCUACCCACUCUGAGCCACUAGCCCAAAUGGAGCUGCAGCCAGUGUACAACAAUGUGAAUCCUGAGAAAAGCACCCUCAUUUAUUCCCAGGUCUGGAGCUUCCAGCGGACACAACAAAAUGCAGCAUCUUCAACAAGUCUGGAUCGGGAGGGUAAGGAACCUUCAACUCUGUAUUCAGAAGUAAAGAAGAUAGACCAAAACAAGUGCACAGAGCCUGGAGGCAGCGCCCACGAAGAUGCUGCAGAAUACGAGAAUCUCCCACAUGCACAGCAGCCUCAGAACACUAGCCCCUAGCCCCGGAGGGGUCUGCAGAGAUCCCAGACAGCAGCCUGGGCCUUUCUCCCCAUCCUCUCCAGCCAUGCACCUUCCCCUCUCCCAGACCACCUCCCAGGAGGCUGGUCUGGACAGCAGGGGAAUGGAGCUGUGCAAAAGGUCUGCAGAUUGCCUCUGUGCUGGAGUCCAGGAACAGAGCAGGCAGCACGUGAGAGCAAGUACUGCGUUCUUUUUCCAGUGGAGACAUGACAAGGCAGGCGAGCCCUCAGUUCCUAGGGCUGUGGAACAGAGGGCAAAAUGGCACCCAGGACCAUAAAGGCAUCAUUGUGGCCAUUUGCUUUAUAAUAAAUGGGGCUAUCUGUGUAUAAACAAUUUGCUCUAAACUUUGUUUCCUUUAUUGUGACUGGAGUAGUUACUCCUACCAAAUUAGAAAUGACCAAAAUAAGUUACAGAAAAAAAUAUUUUUAAAUUAAUUCUAUCCGAAGUGCAUUUUUGUACUAAAAAGAUUCCCAACCCAAUCAACCUCUCAUUACAUUAAAGCCUCUGCCCUCCUCCCUGUCCAUUCCUGAGACCGCAUGUACAGAGAAUGGUAUUCAUUGUAACGUUUGCUCUGGGACACAGUGUCAUCAGUUCCCACGCAUGGACCCUUUUGAGUUAAUCAGUUUUCAUUCUGUUCUAAGCACAUGUGAACCCCGAAACAGUGACCUGCUAUGUCUAACUACAGACCCUCCCAACUCAUUCCCUGCCUCCCUCCGCCUGAUGUAAACACCAUCCUAAAUCUCCUGUUUCUCAUUUCUUUGCUCUUCUCAUCAUAUCAUAUGAAUGCAUCUGUAGGUUUCCUUUAAUUAUAUGUUUUUCUGUUCAUUGUUUUAACUUUACAGGUUAAAAGGCUGUAUUGCUCUAUGGAUUUUUUUAGGACUUUUUGCUUAAUGUAUAAUAUGCUCCUAAGAUUAAUCUGUAUUGUCACAUGUUGCUAUAGCCCAUUUGUUUUGCUUUGUGUCAAUAUAUCUAGCUUAAUGUUUUCCUAGCAAUUGCUAUUCAACAAAUAGUCCCAUGGGGCCAGCAGGUGGCAUAGUGGUUACAUUGCUAGACUCUCACAUGGCUGACUACAAUUCAAGUCACAGACUCAGUGGUUUAAAACUCUUGCUGGCUGCAUGUGCACAC